AUGGCAAACCUGCCUCCUGCGAGCCAUGUCGCCGAGACAAAGUCCGCUGUGAUCAUGGGGUACCCGAACCCAUCAUUCGACUUUUGUGUGCCCAACGCAGGACAAGUGAACUCUCGUGAACGCACCUCAACCCGUACCAAGCCACUUCUUUCUGGGUACUUCGGCCCAACAAGUUUCGUGUCGCCCCUAACCGAAGAUGUCGACUUGGGCGCAGAUAGUCAGGGUCUGGGCCUGGAAAUCGAAUCUUCCCAAAGAAUUCUACCACCGUAUUGGGUCCACAAAAUCUCCGAGGUCUUAUUGACUCUUAGCGAUUUUGCCACAGCUGAGACAUUAAUCCGCGAAUUCUAUGCGCUAAGCCAAAGCGCGAUUAUACCAGCACCAUUUGUACUCAACAGCAUUGAUCCGGUCAAAUCUAUGUGCAAAGAGAGCAUAUCUGACCAUACUUUGGACGAUUUUACAUCUUCACUGACGGUUCAGAUAAUCCAAAACACAGCUGAAAUUUUCGAGGUCCCCUCUACGACAAAAGGGCGAGACUUCCAUACGUUAUUUACGGGACCAGCCAUUCGUCUUGAGAUAAUUGGGCUUCUUUGCGCUCUUGCAGGCCGGGCGAGAUAUCUAGGGCUUGCUGGCGACAGGUCCGAUGACGAGCGAACGUCAAAAGCUCAAUAUGCGCGCAAGAUGCUUGCGGCCAGCGAUGCUGCGCUGUACAUUUGCAGAAUUCUUACGCCACUUAAUGAUCUCACAAUAUGGCUAGUGUAUGAGAAUCUCCUGUUAUCUGAUCUAGUGAAUGGCGACUCAAGCCCUUCGUGGUGGAACAGAUUGGGCGAAUUGUCCACCGACAUUUUUGCCCUUGGUCUCCACCGUGAUUCAAAAUCCUCAAGCGAUUUGCCCAAAUUCCUGUUAGAAUCACGUAGACGGCAGUUCGCUGCGGCGUAUCAGCUUGACAAAAGCAUCGCCACAUUCUUAGGUCGACCGCCAAGGAUACCAUUGAGGUACACCGAUUGUCGCAUGCCACUUGAUAUUAGCGACGAGGCGCUUGCUACAGAUGACGCUGUCUUGAACCGCCCUCAUGACUAUGUUGAUGAGAAUGGCUGGAGUAUCCACGGGGUAGUCCAACGAUCAUCGUGGAUACGUCUGCGAUUUAUCAUCAGUACAUUUCGUGAUGAGGUUCUCGAACUCUCUUUACUGAAGAUGACGCCAGCAAUAGAACAUAUGCUUGAAGAUAUUUCCCAGCGAUGCCAUCAAGCAUGGGAUUCGCUACCAUCUUGUUUGCGCUACAGCCCUCAAUGCUGGAGUGAAAAUCUGCCCGUAGGAGUGCGUGUUAUGAUGGUCAUCUCAUAUCUGGCAUACCUCUACAACGACUUCCUGACUCAACGACUCAUAGCGGGAAAGAACAAACCGCACGGAAAUCCAGCGCUGCUGUCCGUGAGCGCUAAUAUCCUAUCAACGGUCCUGACGUUAGGCACACAACGUGAACAAUUGGUCGAUCUCCGGCCUGAUUUCACCUGGACGGUCCUACUUUACGGAUUCCCUAGCGCCGGUUUGCUUAUCAAAGCCCUACAGCAUCAAAAGCGUACAGGCGAGCCAUUCCUCUACGAGGGGCCGAGAUCGGCCCUCAUUCGGAACUUAAGCGUCUUUAUCUCGCAUCUCGAUUCGAUUGUUCGGCCGGAUAAUUCGCACUAUGCUUUGUUUCAGCGUGCUAAUCAGGUAUUCUCGAAGAUUAUUGAUGAGAUUCUCGAACCACAGUCCAUUCUUCCGAACUCGGAUCUCGGGGAUACUGAGCUGGUCGAUUUUGAUACGAUGAUUGAUGUUGAUGGCUUGGAUUUGAUCAACAAUUUGGAUUUCGGGGUUGCGUUUAAUCAAUGGUUAUUCUGA